UCUACUGGAAAGAUGACCCAACAAGUCAACACACACUAUUAGUUGUGAAUUGUGAUUAUAAUAUUGUCCCUUGGCCAAACUGAUCAGAAAGAAGAACAUAUCAAGAUCCCCAUAUUGUAAUGGCCUCCUCCUCUUCAUCAGCUUUAAUGGAUGUUUCGUCUCAUAGUAUCAUGUAUACUGGCGAAUGGGACUAUGAUGUUUUCUUGUGCUUCAGAGGCGGCGACACCCGCCAUGGUUUUACAAGCCACCUCAUGGCUGCUCUCUCUGACAAUAAAAUCAAGGCCUUCAUCGACACCAUGCUCCGGAAGACAGAGUCCAUCGACGAGCUCCUGUCCGUCCUCCAACGAUCUGCACUUUCGAUCGUGAUUUUUUCAGAAAAAUUUGCGGAUUCACCCUGGUGCUUGGACGAGGUGGCCACGGUUGUCCAAAGCAUGGCGAAAUUCGGGCAUCGAGCACUGCCGGUAUUCUACAAGGUUUGUUGGUCUGACGUGGCAGGGGACUCUGGCUGUUACUCUGCUAUCAUUGAUGACGAGCUUAAAGCGAGCUCGGUGGACAACAAGAGAUGGAGAGAUGCUCUAAAAGCGGUGGCUAAUUGUGCUGGACAUACCUCCAUGGCGAUCCCGAUUGAAUCUGAACUGAUUACGGAGAUUGUGGAAGAUGUUCAGAAGCAACUAAUAGACAUGUCACCAAGCAUCAAGUCCGAAAACUUGGUUGGUAUGGGUUCACGCAUUUUGGAGGUCGAGCGAUUGUUAGCCAUGGAUGAACCAGAUGGUAUUCGCAUCAUUGGGUUGUGGGGAAUGGGUGGUGUAGGGAAAACAACCCUGGCAAAAGCUUGCUAUGGAAGGAUAGUUUCAUCCAAGAAAGACAUCAAACAUCUUUUCAUCCGGAACAUCAACCAAAUUUGUGAAAGGCAGCAGGGGGUUGAGGGAAUAGUGCAUGAGCUCUAUUCAAAAAUUUUGUCCGAGAGUAAUAUAAGUCAUGAAGAUUUAGAUAUGCAUUAUCGAAGAGCACGCCUUUCUCGCUCGAAGGUGUUCAUUGUUCUUGACGAUGUGGAUACUCUUCACCAACUAGAGCAAUUGCUUUUAGGUGAUGUCUUCAAUCUCACCAAAAUCUUCGCCCCAGGGAGCAUAAUCAUCGUGACAACUAGAAAUAAGAAAGUGCUCCAUAAUGCAAUGGCAAACAUAUACACAGUUGCUUGUUUGAAUGACAGCGAAACUAUUCAACUAUUCAGCUUGCGUGCAUUCAGAACCCAUUGCCCCCCAGAUAAUUGGAUGGAUAUUUCACGCCGGGCUACAUCGUACUGCCAGGGUAACCCCUUGGCGCUUAGAGUUUUGGGCGGUAUUUUGUUUCGUGAGGACAAAGAUUACUGGGAGAGUUUCUUAGGCGGAUUUAGCCUGAUUCAAAAUCCGGAAAUUGGUGAUGUCCUUAGGAGAAGCUACGAUAAAAUGAGAGCUGAUGAGAAGCGACUGUUCUUGGAUGUUGCUUAUUUUCUUCAUGGUAUAUCAAGAUCCAGACUGGUUGGAUAUUUGGAAACCUUGUAUUCAUCCGCUCGUGCUAAGGUGAAGGACCUAAUUGAUAUGUCCCUCUUGCUUUGUAUCUCUUACGAGGAUGGAGAGAAGAUUGAGGUGCAUGAUCUGCUCAAGGAAAUGGCGAUGAGCAUUGGCAAAUGCACUAGGCUGAUAGACCCUGAUGAUGUUCACAAAUUAUUGGCAACUACAAAGGUUGAGAGUUGGACUACAUUUUUAAUGACAUCCUUCUUCAAAGGCAUAAAGACGAUGGUUCCGAAAGGCAAUUGUGCAUUGGAGGGACUGAGAACAGUUGAAGGUAUCAGUUUGGAUCUUCAUAAUGCAAAAGAGAUGCAUCUGGAAGCAAAUGCCUUUGAAGGGAUGGAUUCUCUCACGUUUCUCAAAUUCUGUAUUACUUGUCUCUAUCCAAUUGGGAAGAAGAAAAUAAAAUUGCCAUAUGGUGGGCUUGACUUUCUUCCUAACGGGUUGAGAUGGCUACAAUGGGAUGAGUACCCUUCCAAGUCACUACCUUCAGGAUUUUAUCCCCGCCAUCUCGUCCAUCUUAUUUUACGAUGGAGCCCAAUUAAAAAAUGUUGGGAAGGAUUUGAUCAACCAAAGCUAGUGAAUCUGAUGGUGCUCGAUCUCUCCUUUUGCUCCAAUCUUACUGUUAUCCCAGAUCUCUCGUUCGCUUUACAACUUGAAGAACUCCUACUUCAGGAUUGUACAAGCCUAGUUGAAGUACCCUCUCAUGUUCAAUAUCUGGACAAGCUGAUAACGCUUGACCUUGGACGUUGUGUGAACAUCAGGCGUCUUCCAUCAAAGCUCAACUCAAAGGUCCUCAAGCAUGUUAAGAUAAACGAUUGUCCAAAGGUCAGGCACUGUCCGGAGAUUAAUUCAGGAGAGUUGAUGGAAUUGAAUUUAAGUGGGACACCGGUCAGGGAGUUACCUAGCGCGAUUUACAGUGUCAAUGAAGGUGGCAGCCUAAGUCUCUAUGGCAAAAUCAUUACCAACUUCCCCGCAGUUUCAGCAAGCUUGAAUGUGUUUAAUCUGUCGCAUACAACAAUGAAAGAGAUGAAUUCUUAUGGUCAUCAUCAGGCUUCUUCCAAGUUACUGCCAAAAUUUGCUUCGCUGAAUUUGCUCAGUAACUCACAACUCAAGAGCCUGCCGAAGUAUAUAUGGAACAUGGUCUCUUUUGAUCUCUUUAUUAGUAGCAGCCCACUUCUUGAUAGUCUGCCAGAGAUCUCAGAGCCCGUGAAUUCCUUAUCCUGUUUUUGGAUACAUCAGUGUGAACGUCUCAAAAGCCUCCCAUCCAGCAUCAACAAUUUAGUAAAUCUACAGUUUCUCAGUUUGUCAAACACUGGCAUUAAGUCGUUACCUUCCUCUAUCCACGAAUUGGACCGACUCCAGUCAAUAGAACUGAUCGACUGCAAAAGCCUUGAGUCUAUCCCGAGCAAUAUCCACAAACUACCAAAGCUAAACAAGUUGUGGUUGAGGGGGUGUGGAAGUAUUGUAUCUUUGCCGGAACUUCCACAAAGUCUCUUAGAGUUGGAUGUUGGUGGCUGCAAGUCCUUACAGGCUCUACCAAGCAAUGCCACCAAGCUGAGUUGGAGGCGCCUCUUGUUGUACAAUUGCCUCAAAUUAGACAUGACAAUUCCUGAUGAAAUUGUGGCAAAUUACCUGAUAUAUGCACCAUCAUUUGAGCGUUAUAAGCUGUAUGAGCUUCAAUAUUUAGGGAAUAAGAUUCCCGAAUGGUUUGCCUACAAAAGCAUGAAGGAUAAGGAUAAUUCAUGUUUGACGGUGCAAUUGCCUCCUGCUAACCGCACUAGCAGCAAGCAACUAAUCAGAGGAAUUGCAUUUGGUGUGGUGUGUUCAUCUUCAAAUGCUUGGAGUAUAAUAUGUGAUUGCGUCAUUGGUACAGUAUCUGUUGCCUUUUGGAGCUGUUCUGUUCCUCAGUACUUGUCGAAGUCGUCAGACAAUGUAUUGCUAUGGUUCACAUCAGGCGAGACCAUGGGCAGUGUAGGAGAAGGAGAAGCAUGGUAUGUGAAAUAUGCUGGCCACACUGUUUCAUUCCGUUUCUACCCUCAGGGAGGAGAUGCCAAGCCAUGGAAGAAGAAGUUGAAAAUCAAAAGAUGCGGGGUCUCUCUACUAUAUUAAGUACACAGCCAGUUCGAUUUUUCAUACAGAGAGAAAGAGAUGGCAAGGUACGUAUCUAUCUUUGCAACAGAACUUGAUGCAUUUUUAGACUAGGGGUGUGAAUGCUUUAAUGCAUACAAACCACAUAUUCAUAAGGUUACCCUUAGUUACCUUUUUUUAUGAAUGAUUUUCUAUUUGUAUUAACUAAUUGUUGGUUGUUCACAAGAGCUCAUACAUGGUUACAUUCAACAUACUGAAUGUUGAAUUGAUGACGAGCAUAGAUGACGAAUCGAUAGUGUGGAUUAUGAUUUGGUUGCUUGAUGAAUGAAUAAUUUUUCCUUUAAACAUGCAACUCAGUCCAUUCAUUAGGCAGUUGAAGUAUAGCUUGAGCCUGUUAUACAAGAAAGGGAGAAACGAGAUCAAUGUCAUGAAUGACACGAAUCCAAUCGUUACGCGAAUUCUCGUUAGUUGUAGCAUCAGUAAUGCAAUCAACCUAAUUCCCGAGUCUCCUUGAAAUCAAGGAAAGUAAAUCUUGUUACGUGGAAACUAAGAAUAUGAAACAUGCUGAGAAUUGAUGUAAGAUUGUAGAGGCUCUGCAUGGUUUUCCAGUCCAUUGUUGUGGAAUAGAUGGUUUUAAGAACU